UUAUUUUUAUAUAUUAUUGUUCUGUAAUUGUAUAUGUAUAAUUCUAUUUUAUAGGCAUUUGUAUUUAUUUUAUUAUCAUACUAUAUCUUUAGGCCAUCAAUAGGAAUCCGUUCUAUGUCGACUACAGAGGACAAGGAUUGUCCAUCCGGACCUUUAUCGGUCUUGGAAGCUUGUGUUCGGGACAAUUCACAGGUUUUGAUUAACUGCCGUAGCAACCGGAAGUUGCUGGGUAGAGUUAAGGCAUUUGACCGUCAUUUUAAUAUGAUUUUGACUGAUGUGCGUGAGAUGUGGACUGAAGUCAGUGGCGGUGGUGGCAAGAAGAAAUACAUGAACAAGGAUCGUUACAUCUCUCGUCUAUUUUUGCGUGGCGAUUCAGUUGUAGUCGUGCUUAGCAACCCAAAAUAAUUU